AUGGUCUACAUGGGUCACAUGAGAUUUCUCCCACGGUAUCACCCUUACAGGAAUAUGAAAAAAAAUUUUAAUGGCCACAGAGAUACAGCCAGACCCCCAGAACACCCAACAGGGACAUAUGUGCACAACUUAGUGAUGGGAAUAACCAACGAGUUUGGAAAAAAGAGAAAAGCUGUAAAGGCAAAAGAUAAGAGCAUGUGGAAGAAAAAGUCAAUAUUUUGGAGACUACCAUACUGGAAGGAUCUUGAGGUUCGCCACUGCAUAGAUCUGAUGCAUGUUGAGAAGAAUGUAUGUGAGAGUUUGAUGGGGCUACUGCUUAACCCAGGCAUUACAAAGGAUGGUCUAAACGCCCGACGAGAUCUGCAAGACAUGGGUAUUCGUCUGGAGCUACAUCCCGUUACCACAGAGUCUGGCAGGGUGUACCUUCCUCCAGCCUGCUACACUCUAUCGAAAGAUGAGAAGAUGAAUUUGUUGACAUGUCUUAGUGGUAUAAAGGUUCCAUCUGGUUACUCGUCAAGAAUUAGUAGGUUCGUUUCACUGCAAGACCUUAAGUUGGUAGGAAUGAAGUCGCAUGAUUGUCAUGUUCUUAUAACACAAUUGUUGUCCGUUGUAAUAAGGAAUAUUUUGCCUCCUAAGGUGCGAUACACGAUAAUGCGGUUAUACUCCUUCUUCCAUGCUAUCGGCCAGAAGAUCAUUGAUCUUGAGGGACUAGAUGAACUACAGGCAGAAAUUGUGAGAACGCUAUGUCAUUUGGAGAUGGUUUUUGUACGAAACCGAUCCCACCCCGAGGGAAGCAUCAUUGAGAGUUACACCAGCGAAGAGGUCAUCGAUUUUUGUGUGGACUACAUGUCGGAAACCUCUUCAAUUGGAUUACCACGAUCUCAUCACGAGGUGAGGCUUGAUAGUGUGGGUACUGUUGGACGGAAAAUAAUAAGGAUGGAUCGAAAGGUGUAUGAUAAGGCUCAUUUCACGGUACUCACGCAUAUGACCGAGGUAGCGUCGUAUGUUGAUGAACACUUGGGAUUUCUCCGACAUGAAAACCCAGGCCGAUCAGAUAGUUGGGUUAGAAACAAGCACAUGUCUUCCUUCAACGAGUGGUUCAAGAAUAGAAUUACGAACGAGCAGAACUUGUCUAGUGAAACAUUGAAGUGGUUGUCACAGGGUCCUGAAUGGAGUGCCACAACUUGGCAAGGAUAUGACAUAAACGGAUACACCUUUCACACGAUGAAGCAAGACAGUAAAUGCACAGUGCAGAACAGUGGGUUGCGCAUUGAGGCUGGUACCGACGACGGUGGUCGCCGUGAUCAGUACUACGGCAGAGUAGAGCAAAUAUUGGAGCUAGACUACUUGAAGUUCAAAGUCCCGUUGUUUCGCUGUCGAUGGGUCGAUCUUCGCAAUGUAAAAGUUGAUACGGAAGGUUUCACCACUGUCAAUUUGGCUAACAACGCCUACAAGGAUGAACCUUUCGUUCUUGCUAAACAAGUUGUUCAAAUCUUCUACAUACUUGAUCCGUGUAACAAGAACCUACAUGUUGUUCAUGAAGGCAAAAGAAGAAUAGUUGGAUUGAAUAAUAUCACAGAUGAAGAUGACUACAACCAGCACGUGCAUGGCAUAGCUCAAGAAAUACCUCUAGAAGAGGAGGAAGCGGAAGAUGAUGUUCAACAUGCCCGCGUCGACCAUGAGGAAGGAUUAUUUUUGUAA